CGUCAGACGGCAGGAGGGAGUUUUCCACUGACGAAAAAGGCAGCGCCGCUGAGCAGGCUGGAUCAGACAAGGGGAGGCUUCAGCUGGUACGGUUCUCAUACAAUAGCGAGACAAAAAACCCAACAGUCUAUGCGAGGAUAAGCUCAAUUGUGUGGAUUUAAGUGUACAUUUCAUUGACGGAUUUCUUGUAUUUUCACUAAUGGUGAACGGAUACGUGAACUCUUGAUUUGCAGCCGUUACGACAUUGCCAUGAGCGGGGUUCUCAAGAGAAAGUUUGACGAGGUCGACGAGGACCCAUGCUACUCCUCAUCCUCUCCCUCCUCCCUCUCAUCCUCUGCCUUCUCCGAGUGGGACUCGGACGGGGAGAGCUGCUACUCCGACACCCUGGAUUCAAGGCCCAGUAACCCUGGGUCUCCGGAGGCGCGUGUCCCCGUCAUGUCCAUCCUGAAGAAGGCCAAACGGGCUAGGAAGGGCAGCGUGCAGUUUGACCAGGUGACGGUGUUCUACUUCCCUCGCUGCCAGGGCUUCACCAGCGUGCCCAGCCGGGGCGGCUGCACGCUGGGCAUGGUGCGCCAGCACAGCUCCCGCCGCCAGUACACCCUGGCCGAGUUCGCCGUGAAGCAGCGCCAGCUCCGGAGGGAGAAGCUGAAGCAGCGGCUGAAGGAGGAGAAGCUGGAGGCCCUGAAGCUGAAGCUCACCAAGAACGGUACACAGGAGUCUGAGGAGGCCGACCGCCUGACGGUGGAUGACGUAUCGGAGGACGACAUUGACAUCAGUGGAGUGGACCUGGAGGACGGCUUUGCCCUGCACCCCUACCCGUCCAAGAGACGGCACGCCCUGCUGAAGGCUGCUGGCGUCAAGAAGAUCGACAAGGAGGAGAAGCGGCAGCUCCAUGACAUUCGACUGUCACGGGAGGACUGUGGCUGCAACUGCCAGGGCUUCUGCGAGCCCGAGACCUGUGCCUGCAGCCUGGCUGGCAUCAAGUGCCAGAUGGACCAUUCCUCCUUCCCCUGUGGCUGCACGAAGGACGGCUGUGGGAACACGGAGGGCCGCAUCGAGUUCAACUCCAGCCGGGUGCAGACCCACUACAUCCACACCAUCAUGAAGCUGGAGCUGGAGAAGCGCCUGGAGGAGAGCUCCGACAGCGGGGCCCAGGCCCAGCGCCCGCGGGCCGCCGGCGGGCCCCUCGGGGACCCACGUGAGGAGGAUGUCCCCUCGGUCCCCGCCGUCCCCGCCUUCCACUUCAGCUCAGAGCUGGCGGCGGCCGGCGAGAAUAGCUGCAGCAGUGACAUGACAGACUCCUCCAGCUCAUCAGGCCAGAGCGAGGACUCCGAGCCAGCGGGCAGCCCUGACCCUGGCCAGGCCCACCUGGAUGUGGACGACAACGGGCUGGCCCGCAUCCUGAGCUUCAGCGACUCGGACAACGAGGACUGCUCCAGCAGCAGCAGCAGCAGCAGCGUCCGCAACCAGCGGCGGCCCCAGCGGGCCUCGGGGGACUUCGUCAAUGACAACGACGCGGGCGCGGCGGGCGAGCACACGGACAAUCGCAGCCUGUCGCUCUCCGAGUUCCUGGAUGAAAACGCGAACCAGGCCUCUGCACUGUUCCACAGCGGCCCUGUGCCCCACACCCCCUCCCCGUCCGUCGACCACUCGGCCAGCUACAUGGACCUCAGCCUGUCUUCGGAGUCUGACCUGGAGUUUCUGGACGGCUUCCCUGAUUACAGCCCCAGCCCACUGUACAACUCAUUGAGGGACUAUGAGAACUUAGACAACUUCUUUCAGUUCCAGCUGCCUAGCUAUCCCAGCUUCCCCCAGGGAAGCGACUCGGGUACCUGCUUUCUUGAGUCCCUGAUUGGCUUGACAGAAUCCGUCCCGGAACCCCCUGCAACUUUUACAGACAAUCAGCUGUUGGAAGAAGCCAUUAAGUCCUCCAUGAUGGAAUCUGUAAAGGUUUAAUGGAAGAAAAAUGCAAAUUAGACAAUAUAUUAAAAUGAAUGAGGACUGUACUUGUAUACAUUUUACAAGUUUUAGUGUAAAUGUUUUAAUUUAAAAAGGAAGCUGUGAUCCCCCCACUCCUUGUGUUAAAAUAUUUCUCUUUGCCUUUCAAAUGUUAGCAAAGAAGUCCAUCAUCAGAGCUAUACAACAUGGCAGCUGACAUAUUGUACAAUGAAUUGAAAAGGUCGCGAGGGCCUUUUGAGUUUUCUGUGAUGUUUGGCUGAUAUCUUGUCCUGAGAAGCUUUGCGGCUCAAUUGGUCCUCCUCCACUAAGGAAGUGCCCCACAAAGAGCUACCGCUUUAUUUAUAUUUGAGAGAUUUGUUUGGGGUCAUUUUUUGAGUUAUCAUUGAAUGUGCACCUCAGGGACUCUUUCAAGCUCUUCGAAGCAAUGCAUUGUGACUGUGGCUGUGAUGGAAUCUGGGUGUCUUUCACAUGUGACCUCCCCCAAAUUGCAGCAACAUCAGUCUGAUUUCAGCUGAUGGGGUGGGGGGAUGGGGGGGAAUGGGGUUGCCCCUAUGUUUCAUCCUAAAACUGGAAAAACUCCUCUCCCACAAAGAUUUGGUAUGGUACACAAAAUGCCCUUUUGUCUAUGAGUUGCCGAAGCUCUGAGAUCAGCACUUUAACUGUGAGAAUAUUGAGAAUUGAACCAAGUUCAGGCAGAAGAGUCCUUUUUCUCUGCCUUUGAAGUUGUCCUUGGGCAAUACUGUUUAUGAUGUUGGGUCAACAGUGCAAAGGGUUUACAUAAUACGCUAUAAUGAGCAUUUUAUUUAUUAUGAACUACCACAUAUAUUACAGCUAAAGCUCAUAUUCAGAUCAAAAAGGCUAAUAUAACUGUAAUACCUCAAAAGUAUUACAUAAUGUUUUAAUUUAUUUUGUAUG